AUGAUUGCCGACGAUGAAAUCGCCAAUUACGAAGAUUUUCGUGACUGUGUCUCCGAAUUGUUGAUCUCGAGACUCUCUGGCACUGCAGACAAGAAGAAAAAGAAAGCCACCAAAGGCCGCAAGAAUGAAAUCAAGCCUGUGAGCAAACCAGAGCAAGAUCAAGAGGACAAUGAUGCUCUGGCUGCUGAUUUGGGUGAGACGAUAGAGUAUCUCGCUUCCGAGAUAUUUCCUUCCUUGCCUGAUGAUCUGCGAACCAUAUCAUACAGCGACAUCCAAAAUGAUGCUCAGCUGGCUGAAAAGUACAGCGUGCCUCUGGAUUCAGACGUCUACGAGGACCUACUACAACCAAUGCCACUCUCUGUGUCAGACUCAUUGACCUCCUACGGUCUGAUAACCGACCCGAUGGACCUGUCACGACUGCUCGAACCUGUCUUCACGUCGUACAUCACGAGUAGGACCACCGCACCACCAGAGUUCGUGCCUUCCAGUCGAGCCACCGAGUGUGAGAUUUGUGAGAGAGAACAUCUUCCUCUUACUUACCAUCACUUGAUUCCGAGGGCUGUGCAUGCAAAGGUUGUCAAGCGUGGCUGGCAUGCUAGUUGGGAGUUGAACAAAGUUGCUUGGUUGUGCAGAGCUUGUCAUAGUUUUGUGCAUCGACUUGCGACCAACGAAGAAUUGGCCAAGGAGUGGUAUAGCAUUGAGUUGUUGUUGGAAAGAGAUGAUGUCCAGAAAUGGGCAAUUUGGGUCAGCAAGGUCCGGUGGAAAGCCAAGUAG